AUGUCAAUUUCAGUAAAAUGGCCCCGAAUUAUUUCCAAAAAACCGGAAACGGCUCUCAAAAGAGCACAAGAACUUAUUCAAGUCGGAAAGGAAAGCGAUGCGUUGGAAGCUCUUCAUGACACUAUUAAGGUAUUAUACUUACAUAUCCUGUUUGUUCAGAAGUAUUUUCCAGGCACGAAGGCAUAAAAUGUGGACGGCCACUCAUGAGCAAAUUAUGAUGAAGCACAUGGAAUUGUGUGUGAACUUGAAGAAGCACCACGUCGCCAAAGAUGCUUUGUUUCAGUACAAAACAUUGACGCAACAGGUAAGAUGCUCGUUGGUUUGAAGUCGAUUCAUAAUUUUUUUUUUCAGAUCAAUGUGAAAUCUUUGGAAAAUGUUGUCGAAUACUUUUUGAAGUUGGCCGAACAAAAAACAGAAGAAGCUCAAAAGUUUUCUAUAGAAAAAGUAGAGGAAAUCGACGAUCUCGACCAAGGGGAUGUUCCUGAAACGUUUGGAUCUCAUGUUGUUCUCUCGAUAAUGAAUAGAUUAAAGGAUGCUGCUCGCCGUUGUUUCUGGCGCUGCUGCUCAAGACCGGAUGGACCGAACUGUUUUGGCUCCUUGGUUGAGAUUUUUGUGGGAUUCCUACCGUAACUGCUUGGAAUUGCUGAGAAACAACGCUCAGGUGCGACAAGGCUUAGAACAUCCUUUAAAAAUUUCCGUUUUCAGGUUGAACACUUGUACCAUCAAAUCACAAGGCAGUCCUUCAUUUUCUGCGCGAAAUAUCAAAGAAGAACUGAGUUUCGCAAGUUGUGCGACCUUCUUCGUUUGCAUUUGAAUCAAAUUCAGAAGCAGCAACAUCUCGGACAUGCGUAUGUAAAUAAUACUUGGCUUUUUACUCAAAUAAAAUGUUUCAGUGUGAAACUGCAUUCUGUCGAGUCUCUUGCAAUGAUGCAGGAAACUCGGCUCUGUCAGUUGGAUACGGCUAUUCAAAUGGAACUGUGGCAGGAAGCUUACAAGUAAUCUAUUUAGUUACAAUAUGUCAUUGACCGAUUUCUAUUUUCCAGGAGUGCUGAAGAUGUCCACGGAAUGAUGCAGCUGUCCAAAGACAAGGACAAGAGAACUGUGAAGCCUUCCAGCUACGUCAAUUAUUACGACAAACUGGCUCUCGUGUUUUGGAAGGCUGGCAACAGCUUGUUCCACGCGGCUGCUCUUCUGCAAAAGUACAUCAUUUACAAGGCGAGUUUUUUCGUAGGAUUCUUGAAUAUUUUUUUUUUCAUUGAAAAUAUCAUUAACAUCCGAAAAUUAUUCACAAAAAAUUUUUUUGUUUGGGGAAAAAAGCAGUAGGAUGAAAUCAUUUUUUCAGGACAUGAAGAAGCAGUUCACGUCGGAAGAAGCCCAAGAACAAGCGAGUCGCGUUCUUUUGGCUACGCUUUCGAUUCCCGAUGGCGCGGAGGCUCCGUCUGACCUCACGAGGAAUCUUGACAUUGAAGACCAGCACAUGGCCAAUAUUCGGUAAGUUUUCAUGUUUGGUUAUUUUUUAGGUUUUUCAUUUGUUUUCCACUCAAACUUUCUAAGAUUAUUCAUUUUCAUGAACCAUUACGGAGCUGUAUAAUUCAGCUUGUUGUCGAACUUGUUGCGACUCCCGAUCGCUCCGUCGAAGAAUGGAAUUCUGAAGGAAGCCGCUCGCAUCGGCCUUCCCGAAAUGGCCAGCGACGUUGCCAAGGACCUCUACAAGCUCCUGGAAAACAACUUCGCUCCACUUCGGUAUCAAAAUUCGGUCUGCCAUGAGUUACAAAAUCUUCUAUAGGAUGGCCAAGGAUGUUGAAGCUUUGUUGAAAUCGAUUGAACGACCUGAUCAUCUCCAAUAUGUCGAUGCUUUGCAGACUGUCGUCGCCACAAAAACUUUGAAGCAGGUAAGCAACUUCAAAAAAGACGGAAGUAAUGAUUUUUUGUUUCAAGAUUUCUGUCAUCUACGAUUCCAUCAGCUGGGACAGAAUCAUGAAGGUUAUUCCUUUCUACAACGAUCUGCAGCUGGAGCGUCUUGUGGUUGAAGCAAGCAAACAUCGAUUUGUCAAGGUUUUUCUAUAUUUCACUUGUAAUGGCUAAGAUUAGGCGAGUAAUUGGAAUCAUAGUAAAAUCUGGGAAACUUUUUGGUUUUCCAGAACGUAAAGAAUUUUUUUAAUCAAUUCAACAAAUCAUUUUCAAGACUUCCAGAUGUAAAGUAAUUUUUUUUAAGUUUUGGAGAUUUUUAAAGUAAAUAAAAAAGUAUGGAAGCCUAAUUCUCGUCGCAUUUUUUAUUUCAAUGUUUUUUUUUCUAUUAAGGCUCAUGUCGAUCAUCGGGCUGGUUGUGUGAAGUUCGGAGUGGCAGACGCGACGUUAGCCGGUGGUGUUGAUCUGGAGGAAGCCGACGGAUUCACUGGUUUUUAUUGUUUUCAUUAAGUUCUAAUUCAAAAUUGCAGGCGAUGAUACUCAACUUGGCGUCGAAGGCAUCCGAACUCAUUUGGAAGUCAUGUACAACAAAUUAAGAAACACUGUUGAGCUUCUUGAUGGCGACAAGCGUCGUAGAGAACUUAUUGCUCGGGUUUGAAAAUAGCUCAAAAUGUUUUGGAAUUUCUUAAAAUUUUGAGGUUGAACAUCACGCUCUCAACUACGAAAGGAACCGUCCUCAAGAAAUGGAGCGCAUUUUGCAGCGCAAGAAGAAGCUCGAAAACUACAAGGUUCAUAAUCACGUAGACUUAAUUUUUCAAAAAGAUUUUACAAAAAAAGUAAAAAAAUUUCGUAAAAUUUUUUUAAUAUUAAAUAAAAACGUUUCUGCAUGCAACAUAGUCUUUUAUAGAUAAAUUAUUUCACGGUUUUCUCAUUUAGGAAAAAUUGGGAACGCGUCAAAAGCAGAAAAGACCCUGGCUGCUCAAACCGAAGCCCAAAAACGCGACGAGGCUAUGCGAGCGGAUGAGAUGAAGCGACUUGAGGAACAGAACAAGGAGAGCGAGCGAAAGCGCAAAUUGGCCGAACAGGUUAAUUCUUUUGUUCCUUUCAAAUAUAUAUCUAUUUCUGUCCAGGAAGAAGUUCAGCGUCAAAUUCGACAAGACCAGUUGCGUAAAAUGCAGCAAAACGCCAUUUAUCAAGACAUCAUUCGAGAAAAAGGCCUUGAUCAGUUCCAUGACAUGGAUCCCGAGGCUGUUCUACGAGAACAGGUAGAAAACACACGAAUCCAUUUUUUAGUUUCAAUUAUUUUGUUUUCAGCGCGAGCGUUUAGACAAGGAACGCAUGGAGACUCAAAGACGUCUCCAGCAACAAGAAAAAACCUUCGACCAUCAUGUUCGUGCCCUUCAUCUCGAGGAAAUGUUGGAAAGGUUUGCAGAAAUCGAUAGCUUAUGAUCACUUAUGUUGUGAAAAAUUGUGGCUGACGGAACAGAUACGAGAAAUGUUAAAGAAAUGAAGAUACUUAAAAAAAAUUUUUUUAUAAUUAUUUUUUUCAAGUCAAUUUUUUUUUUAUUUUUAGGUCAUUGUCAAAAAUUAUUCCUGAUGCGAAAUUUCUUAUUUAAAUCGAGGAUAUAAAGUUGAAAAAGAAAAAAACGUUGAAGAGCUCAGGAGCUUGGACUCAACGUUUCGGCAUUUUCCUGAAAAAAAUAUUCUGUUUGUGUAGUUCAACUUUACUAAUAUCAAUUGUGAAAAAAAAUCAUCAAUUAUAUCAUUUUAUUGUAUUCAGAAAAGCUGUUAUGAUGCACCGCCUGAACGAGGCCCCUAAACACCACGAACAAUAUGAAGAGACGAGAAUCGCCAAGGAAAUGUUAGUUUGAGAAGAAAAAAAAAUUGAGUGAAAGCAAAUUUUUAAGUGCGGAACACGAGAAACAGGUCAAGACGUGGAAUUUGUGGGAUAAUGUCAUGGAGCAAGCGUACGAAUGGAUCGAAGACGUCAAGAACAACAAUUCCGACGUUUUCGACCAAAAGGUUUAAAUUUGGAAAUCAUUAUGUUUGUUGUUCAAUGCAAUGGAUGGCGUAGAAAAGUUUCUUUUAGUCGAGAAGUUGUGUAGAAAACUUUCUUAUUAUUUUCUCCUAGCUUUUUCUCAUUGAAAAGUGUUGAGUCUGGAUUUCUAUGUAGGGAUCAAUAACGGAUAUUAAUGUUAAUCGAAAGACUUCAUUGAACUUCUAAGCUUUUUAUAGAUUCCUUUGAUAUAUAAGUGCGAAGUGAAAGUAAUUGAGUCAUUUUUAGUCGAAGAAAAGAAAAAGUUGAAUAAAGGAACAUUCCAGAUGAAUGAUUGGCAAAACAAAUUGGAAGCCGUCAGGAACAAUCGUUUGGCUGAGCGCGCCGAGCAGCGUAAGAGAGAACGAAAGGAGAAGUACUUGAAGGUUAACAUAUAACCAUACUCAAUUAAUUAUUUUUUUGAAAGUUUAGGCCAAGGCUGAUCAGAAACGCGAGGAAGAAGAACGUCAGAGACAGCAACUCCUCGACGAAAUGAAGCGGCAGCGCGACAGCAACAGACCUGUUAGUGAAGAAUUUGUUUUUUUCUCCGUAAGAAAGCAUUCUUUGAAGCAUUUUUUGGCAAUCUUUUUAAAAAAAAAAGUUUAUUCAACCUGAGUAAAAUUUUUUACUAUGGUUUGAGUUUAAAACAAUUUUUGGCUUUUUGAAUGUUAGGUCACUUUAAAACUGGUACGCUUGAAAUCAAUUUCAUCAUUUUUUAAAAUAAGUAUGGCUAAAAAGCUCUUUGAGUGAAUAUUGAGUAAAGGCUUCAGGAAACCUCGGUAGAGCUGAUUUUAAUACUUUUUUCCUUUUUAGGAGAGAGACGGAGGCAGAAGACGCGAGAAUCCGGACUCGGUCGCCAUGCAAGACAACAAUUGGCGAGCUGGCGGUGGCGAGAGAAUCACCCGGCCGCCACGAGAAGAUCGUCGCGACGAACGGCCUCCCAUGCGCGACAGAGAACGUGAACGCGAUGUUUGUAUCUUGAAAAAACUGAUUGAUUUUUAUUCUUUUUUUCCAGGCGCCACCCUCCCAAGCUGAUCGGGACAAUUCCUGGAGAGCGAACACCGCUCCAACUUCCGGUCCUCCGCCUGGUAAUUUUUGAUUUUGCGUUUCGAUGUUAAAUACUUUUAUCUGCAAGAAUAAUCCUUCAUAGUUACAAAAGUCAGCCGAAAAACGUAUGAAACUUCGUUUUUGAUGUCUCAAAUAGCCAUGUUUUUAAAUAAUCUUACCACGCAGUAGUAUAAAUUUUGAUAUUUGAUUGAAUAAUAAUUCUGAAAAAAGCCACAUGAAACGAGAAAAGUUUUAGUUAAUCGUGAUCGCGAUCGUGAGAAUGACCGCGACCGGGAGCGUGAACGGGAUCGCCGUCGCAUCGAUGACAACGUUCCGACUCGCGAAGACCUCGGCCAACGUCGUCCAGAAGCAGCGCGGCCUCCAGUUAGACCAACUCCUGCCCCCGCCCCCGCCGAAUCGACCUGGACUCGUGGAAGUGUCGUCAAGAAGGAAACGCCUGGUACAAAUAAUCCCCUUAAUUUUGACAGUAAUUUCGACUAUUCAGCGCCCGCACCAUCAGAAGAGCGACCCAAAUCUGUCCUGAAACCCCGCCAAACACAAGAAGGUUGGAAAAUCUUGAUAAUCAAUCAGUCUAGAUUUAGAGAUUUUACAAUUAUUUGUUUUUUAUCAACUUGAACAAUAAAUAAAAUAAAAUACUUUCAUGUAAAGGUUGAAAAAGAGUCCGAAAAUGUAGAAAAGUUGAUUAUUGAUUAGUAUAUAAGUUUAUAGAACACCAUAUAAAAAAAGUGAAAAAAAAUGUUUUUCUGCAGCUGGACCAGCUCCUGCACGAGACUUCGGUGCCCUCCGAUCUGGACCACGGCCAACGCCGCAAGACGCACCCAACCGCGAUAGAGACAAUCGUGAUAACCGCGACAGUCGUGAUAACCGCGACAGUCGUGAUAACCGCGAUAAUCGUGACAAUCGCGACAACCGCUUCAAUCGCGACGCAAACCGGAGACCCGCGACGACGGCUCCAAGAACCGGUGGCGCUCAGGCCGAUUCAGACUCCAACUGGAGGCGAAAGUAA